AUGGGCAAGGUUGAGUCGUCACCCAAUACCUACAAGUAUUCGGAGCAUUACCUCCCUUGGCACGCACAUAUUACUGCUCUGACUGUGGCACCGGAAGCUCGGAGGCUGGGAAUCGGUAAAAUAUUAACAGACCAGUUAGAAACGGCUGCAGAUGACAAUGAUGCCUGGUUUGUGGACUUGUUCGUCCGCAGGAGUAAUCACCGAGCAAUUGCCUUUUACAAAAGUUUAGGCUACAGCGUCUUCCGGGUAGUCAAAGAUUACUAUGGCGACCAUGCGACAGAUUCAACCCAGGCUGGCGAGGAUGCGUUCGACAUGCGGAAGCCUAUGAAAAGGGACAGAGAUCGCAAGCAUAUCCGAAGCGAUGGCGAGAGUCAUGAAGUAGAUCCCGAAGAUGUCUGGUAG